AUGGAAAUACAACCACCGCGCCCUCUGAAUCCCUCCGAGCUAUGCCCUUGCAGCCUCCACUGGAAUGGAGUGGGACCAGAGCCGCCGGGUCAAUAUGGCACGUAUCGCCUUGCAGACCUGGUCACGAAUACGAUCCAAAACGGGCUUGCCCUGGGUCCCCAGAACGCCAUAGAGACUCAAGACGAACUGAAGCAUGCACUAAUUGAAGGAUUUCACGAACUUUACGACAGUCAAGACCCAAGUCACUUUGCUCACAUCCUAAGAAUAGCGUCCCUCAUCGAUCACUACUUUUUCAGAGGUUGGCUCACAGCCCGUCGACGACGUAUAGGCCGGAUACAGUCGCACCUUAUUGUCUGUGUUCGAGAUAAUAACGAGACCUGCCAGGAACAUUGCAGCGCGUCCCACGUAGAAGUGCAAAACGUCGAUGUGGGUUCGCUCCCCGUCGUUGAGGUUGACAUUGACUCUGCAGGAAGGUGGACGAUUGCCCAAAUUAUCGAGCUCUUGAUUCAUGGGAUGACCCACGGGUACUUGAUCUUGUUUUCGUGUCGCGGGGGCUUCGAUUAUUUAUAUGGAUGCUCUUUCCAUUCUUCCGAAGCAAGAGGUCAUCACGGCAUCUACCUCCGCAUGCUGCUGAAGCAUGUGUUCCAGACCAUUCAAGAAUGGGACGAUGUGUUGAGCAACUUUGGAGUAGAUGAUAUUCUGGAUUGCAACGAUGAGUCUACCAUUGAGAGAAGCAGGGCUAGCACACCGCUUCUGUCAGAGUAG